AUGACGCGGCUAUUUCGAUCCAAAUCAUGUGGACUUGUGGGUGGUGAGUUCAACCCUUCUCCACCAGGUCCAUUCUUCCAAGAUGUUAACAACAAGGAGAAAGAUUAUGAAGAAGAAGAAGAAGAAGAAGAAUUAGACAGUGAUAACGAUGAUGACGAUGAUAAUGAUGGUGGUAAUUCAAGCAACCAUGUCUCAAUGCCCUUCACAAAUCCUGGUCCAAAAGUAGGUAGAAGAAACAACCAAUCCCAUAAUCAACACCAGUUUGCAAUAUUGGAUGUUCUUGUGGCUGCGCUUAAGAAAUCACUGGUAACUUGCAGUGUGGAGAGGGAAGAUGUUUCAUCCAUGGAUAUAAGCUGGCCAACCGAAGUGCGCCAUGUCUCUCAUGUUACCUUUGAUAGGUUCAAUGGCUUUCUGGGUUUGCCAUCAGAGCUUCAACCAGAGGUACCCACCAGGGUGCCUAGUGCCAGUGCAAAGGUAUUUGGAGUUUCUGCAAAGUCGAUGCAGUGCUCUUAUGAUGAUAGGGGGAACAGUGUCCCUACGAUUCUGCUGAAGAUGCAAAAGCAAUUAUAUUCAGAGGGAGGCCUUAAAGCAGAAGGAAUAUUCCGUAUUAAUGCUGAGAAUAGCCAAGAAGAGUUCGUUCGUGAUCAGUUAAACAAAGGUGUAGUGCCACAUGGGAUUGAUGUUCAUUGUUUAUCUGGUUUGAUGAAGGCUUGGUUUAGAGAGCUUCCAACUGGGGUACUUGAUUCUCUCACCCCAGAGCAAGUGAUGCAGUGCAACACGGAAGCGGAUUGUACUAAUCUUGUGGAGUUACUUCCUUCAACAGAAGCUGCACUGCUUGACUGGGCAAUCAAUUUGAUGGCAGAUGUUGCUGAAAAUGAACAGUUCAACAAGAUGAAUGCACGCAAUGUUGCUAUGGUCUUUGCACCCAACAUGACACAGAUGGCAGACCCUUUGACUGCAUUGAUUCAUGCAGUGCAAGUUAUGAACCUCCUGAAGACAUUGAUUCUGAAAACCCUUAGAGAAAGAGAGAAAUCAAUAGCUAAUGCUAGAUUGCUUUCAUCAUGCUUGGAUUCUCCAUCCUGCAAAGAUGAUCCCUCUCCUUUCAAAUCUAACAGGAAGGAAUCUUGUGAGCAAACUGAAGAUGCUUGUGAUACAAUGACAAAGACACCUACUACCAAAAGAAAAUUCUCGAGGACUUCUACAUUAGGAAGAAUAGAAUUGAGUGUUGAGAAACUUCGGAACUCUGAGGAAAUGAUUAAUGGAGAUGGGGUAUUCAAAUCUGUUCCAAAUGGUGAUAGCACAAAAUCUACAUAUGAGACUGGCCCUUUAGAAAAUAGUUACACUUAUAGGCGUAGAUAUGAUAGUGAACAUUGGUUGAGAUUAAGAAAAGGAGUGCGCAAACUAUGCAGCCACCCUGUGUUUCAAUUGAGCAAGCCAACUAAGAAGCCUUCAAGUCUUGGCAUUGUAAAUGCUAGGGAAGGAGGUGGAGAAGCUUGGGCCUAA